UCUAUCUCAGUGUGUUCAUAGAGGCUGUCAGUCCGCGUAGGCUUCGUGUUGGCUCUAGUUUAUUACGGAUUUUGUCGUGAACCAGCCGCUCCAUCUACAUCGAAAUGGCUGAUCAGCUUACAGAAGAGCAGAUUGCGGAGUUCAAGGAGGCAUUUUCGCUCUUCGACAAGGAUGGAGAUGGCACCAUCACCACCAAAGAGCUGGGCACAGUCAUGCGCUCUCUGGGCCAGAACCCCACAGAGGCAGAGCUGCAGGACAUGAUCAAUGAAGUGGACGCUGAUGGAAAUGGAACGAUAGACUUCCCAGAGUUCCUGACCAUGAUGGCCAGGAAGAUGAAGGACACAGACAGUGAGGAGGAGAUCAGAGAAGCAUUCCGUGUCUUUGACAAGGAUGGCAAUGGAUACAUCAGUGCUGCUGAGCUGCGCCAUGUGAUGACAAACCUUGGGGAGAAGCUGACUGAUGAAGAAGUGGACGAGAUGAUCAGAGAAGCAGACAUUGACGGAGAUGGACAGGUCAACUAUGAAGAGUUCGUACAAAUGAUGACGGCGAAGUGAAGGCCUUGUACAGAUUUCGUAUAUAAAUAAUUUGCCUUUUUUUCUUUGUGUAAUUUAUCUGUAAAAUCUUAAUAGCCCCCCUUCGUCCCUGCCCCUUCUGCUGUCCAAAGGAACUGCAUGUAAACUGCAUAGGCUCUUGUCCCCAUGUCCCUUUCUUUUGCUGUCAUGGUGUUUUGGAGUGACGGAAUGGUCAUACAACCAGAAGCCUGUGGAGGCCCCUGGGAGCCGGAGAACUUCGAAUCUUCCCGUCUUGUGUGCUCGGGGCCCCUCCACGCAUGGCGACAUUGGAAACCUGUCAGCUGGUUGUCACUUGGCAACACUGUUGGCAUGGAAACAAUGUAGAGGAGUUUAACUCUGCAUGGACUACGGACAAAGUAUAUAUGGAAAUCUCUCAGCAUUGCACUACUGCAAAAAAAUGACACGGGUGUAUCUCCUAGGUACUCGUACAAACUCUUUUUGUAUCUGCUGUUCUAUAUACCAGAAAACGACUAAUCUUACCAUGCUUUUUAAUGUUUUACUCACUACUUUUACUUCUUUCUUUUUCUUUUAUUUUUUUUAUGACCUCUGGUCAUGCCUCAAAUAAUCCAUUCCAAGUUGUAUAUUUUUGUUUUCCAAUAAAAUUUACAAUCUA